CAGCUGAUCAGUGUUUAGUUGUGAAUAUUUCUUUCCUCGUUUUCUUUCCCUUUUUCUUUUUUUCUUUUUCUUUAUUUUCUUUGUUCCUUGGAUUUAUGGCUUCUGAGUCUCACUCUCAGUCCCUCACUGUAUCAUCUUUGAUAUCUCCUUCUGUAGUUUCAGCCUGAGAUGAUUCGAUCUCUUCAUUGUUUCAUCGGCGAGAUUUUCGGCAGAAGGGAUUAACAGAAGGCAUUCGGUUUUGAAUUAUUUGAUCUCUUCAUUUACUUCAUUAUUAUUGUCCUUCCGGUCGGAAUUGAUGAAAAUGCAGAGAAAUUGGCGUUUUGAGCAUUUUGGAUGGAAAGAUUUCAGUUCUAAGAAGCGGUAGAAUGGUGUUAAACGCCUGGCAAAUGAACAUAUACCGGGGAAUGGUCAUCUUUUGGAAACUGUUAGGGUUUUCUGCACGUUCCGGUGUGUUAUUUGGCGGAUUUUGUUCGAGAAAUCUUAUCAUGCAAGGUUGAAUUUCUGGUGGAAUAUCAAAUACUCAGGGGACGUAGGAGUUCGCCUUCUUCUCAGCUGAGUUCUUCGGAAUUUGGAUCACUCCAUCUUGAGCAAAGCUGAAUAAUGUCGCCAUUGCUAGAGAUUUAAGACUUACUUAGACCCUUUUACCUGCUUUCCACUGAAAUCUGUUUAUUGCAUCACGAAGAUCAGGUAUUUUAUGUGUUUGCGUUUCUUCUCUGCGGCGGAAGAUCUGCCACUGAAACUGGGAGAAACUUCAGAAAAUAAGUUUGGCGUUUCGACCGUUUGAAGAAUCUUGCAUUGGUUGGAUAUCCUUUAAGAAUCUUUGCAUUAUUCGAGCUGGAGAGAAAUGCUGAAUACUCACGAUUCUGGUUUCCUUUGAAUGAUGAUGGCUGUGUGAUCCGCUUCUGUUUUAUCUGUAAGUCUCUUUUACAAGAUUCUCAAGGAAAGAAGUUCUAAGGCGCAAGAUUGUAACGGCUUCGAAGCUUCAAAGCUGCUUUAUAUUAUACCUUGUCAGAACCCUUUGCUUUACUUAGUACCCGUUGGUGUCAUUUAACUGAGUUUCUUUAACAUAAUCGAAUAUCCUUUGUUUCGUUUGAAGUACAAGAAGUGUGAUUUACAAGCUUCUUAAGAUCUACUGCUCGUCUGGAAAAUCUUUGCUUCAUUCGGUAACCGUUGGGGAUCUGUUUUAAGAAGUUUGGUAGUUUUAGCUAGGCUAGCUCAGUAUUAGGAAGCAUUGAUGGGGCUUCUUCGAAGUCUCUCAAUGCUUCUCCCCUUAUUGCUUUGGAUCAUGUGGAUGUCGGUUGUUAGAGCUCAGUUGCCUGUGGAUAAGGAAAGAGCUGCACGUUCAUUGGAUGCACUUCUGCAAGACUACGCUUACCGUGCUUUCCCCUCGGUUCAUCUACGAACAGGCAAACUAUAUGAUGGGGAGCCCCCCUCGAAUUUAACCGGGAUUAAGAUUUCAGCAAUGCGGCUCAGGAGUGGUAGCUUAAGAACUAGAGGUGUUAGCCGCUUCAAAGAAUUUGAGAUCCCAACCGGAGUUGCUGUGCAACCUUAUGUGGAAAGGCUUGUUCUGGUUUACCAUAACCUGGGCAAUUGGUCUUUGGUCUACUAUCCACUACCUGGCUACACUUAUCUAGCUCCAGUGGUGGGUCUCCUUGCUUACGAUGCAUUGAAUUUAUCAGCAACAAAUUUACCCACAUUGGAUAUAACAGCAUUAGAUGAUCCCAUCUCAAUUAAUUUUUCGGAAGUGAAAUCAGCACCAAGUGGAUACACUGCAAAAUGUAUUUGGUUCAACUUGCAAGGUUUGACAGAGUUCAGCAAUGUUACAUCAAAUAACAUCUGCUCUACGAAGAAACAGGGCCAUUUCUCCAUUGUGGUUGAAUAUACUGCUCCACCUUCUCUAGCACCAGAGUCUCCUCCAACUGGUGGAGGGCCAAAUGAGGGGCCAGGAAAGAGAGGUAAUGGGAAGGGCAAGUCAAAGGUGUGGAAGAUAGUAGGGUCUGCUCUUGGUGGAUUUGCAUUGUUGGUAUUGUUGGCUUUAUUGGUGUUGUGGGUUCGGAGGUACAAGCACCGGAAGAGGAUGGAUCGGAUGGAGAAGGCUGCUGAAGCAGGUGAAGCCUUGCAAAUGGCCUCAAUUGGGAACACAAGAGCACCAGUAGCCAUGGGGACAAGGACACAACCAGUCCUGGAGAACGAAUAUGUGCCUUAAAUUUUGUCCAUUUGUACAAGCAAUAUCUAUUAUUCAUGUUCAGUUCAAUUCAUGUGUUUAGAUAUUUUUAUCACCCAUUCUUUCUGCUAUUUCUUCCCUGUUCUCUCCCUUUUCUUUAUUUUUUUUUUUUUAUUUCAAUGUAUGCCUCCUACUUGUUGCAUAGAGUAAUACCUAAUUCUUGUUAUGAGUUAUCUAAUAUGUUGAUGUUGAUUUGCUUAAAAUUGAAUGCAUGAACAUCAAAGUGAUGGAUAAACUGUUUGAUCAUAGCUGGCCAAUCUUACUUAUAGUUGAUUAUUGAUGUUAUAUUCUUCUAGAUGGAUACCAUUCUGUAAGUUCAAUAUUGUAGGGAAUCCUACAUAGUCUACUACUACAGACUGCCUUUCUCCAUUGUGGUUGAUUACAGUCCUUUUUUGUAUAGAGGAUGACCUUGACCAUCUACAUGGUCCUUUUGUUUAUGGAAACUCCAUGCCAACACAGCAUUGAUUGGAAGAAGGCCUAAAAGAAUUCCUCCAGUAUUUGUUUUUUUCUUUUUUUAUGUGCUAUUUCUACUUCUAUUGUCACAUAUACUAUUUUAAGUGUGGAAUUAAUAGUAUAAAGGCAUCUGUUAUACUAUUUUAGAAGUUAGAGUCUUAGAGAUAAACAUAAACAAAUAAAAACUAAAAUAGAACCUUGUAAUUGGAUUAGUUGUUAAUCAAGGGGUUGUAAUGAGAGGUGGGUUUUGGAGCUAUUCCUAGGUUCCUUCCUAUAAUCAUUUCUAACCCUGUCGUUUCUGGUUCUUUUUGGAUUAAUAACGGAAAUGUUAUUAAAAAAUAGAAGUACAAAAAUAGAAAUUAUGUAUGUUUGGCUGUUCACCAGACUUAUCUAGCCUACAUGUUUUUGGGUGUCUUUGCUUUGUUCAUCUUCCUCCUCAUGAACGUACUAAGUUAUCUACUCAAUCUGUUAUGUGUGCCUUUAUGGGAUAUAGUCCAGAUCACAAAGGAUUUCUUUGUUAUGAUCCUUUUGCUCGUCGUAUUUGUGUUUCUCGAAAUGUUGUUUUCCUUGAACAUAUCUCCAUUUUUGCUGUUGUUGCAAAGUUAUUUGCUCCAUCUAUUUCUGUCUUGCAGAAUUUUGACUCACAGAAUGCUUCUCCUCCUGCUGGUGUGAAGGACUUUCUUGUCUUCUCUCACAAAAGAUUAUGCGCCCCAGAUCCUACGCCUCCAACCUCACUUCCUCCUGGCUUGGAUAUACUGCUGUUUCCUCUACGAAGAAACAGGGCCAUUUCUCCAUUGUGGUUGAAUAUACUGCUCCACCUUCUCCAGCACCAGAGUCUCCUCCAACUGGUGGAGGGCCAAAUGAAGGGCCAGGAAAGAGAGGUAAUGGGAAGGACAAGUCAAAGGUGUGGAAGAUAGUAGGGUCUGCUCUUGGUGGAUUUGCAUUGUUGGUAUUGUUGGCUUUAUUGGUGUUGUGGGUUCGGAGGUACAAGCACCGGAAGAGGAUGGAUCGGAUGGAGAAGGCUGCUGAAGCAGGUGAAGCCUUGCAAAUGGCCUCAAUUGGGAACACAAGAGCACCAGUAGCCAUGGGGACAAGGACACAACCAGUCCUGGAGAACGAAUAUGUGCCUUAAAUUUUGUCCAUUAGUACAAGCAAUAUCUAUUAUUCAUGUUCAGUUCAAUUCAUGUGUUUAGAUAUUUUUAUCACCCAUUCUUUCUGCUAUUUCUUCCCUGUUCUCUCCCUUUUCUUUAAUUUUUCUUUUUUUUUUUUCAAUGUAUGCCUCCUUCUUGUUGCAUAGAGUAAUACCUAAUUCUUGUUAUGAGUUAUCUAAUAUGUUGAUGUUGAUUUGCUUAAAAUUGAAUGCAUGAACAUCAAAGUGAUGGAUAAACUGUUUGAUCAUAGCUGGUCAAUCUUACUUAUAGUUGAUUAUUGAUGUUAUAUUCUUCUAGAUGGAUACCAUUCUUGUAAGUUCAAUAUUGUAGGGAAUCCUACAUAGUCUACUACUACAGACUGUGUAUAAAUGAGCUGGGCUAGGUCUCAACUCAAACUUUCAUUCAUCCAUUGGGCGUAGGCCAAUGAUGAGAACAAGGUACAGAGUGCAAUUGGUAAUGAAUAUCAAUUUGAAUCAGCAAUUGGCUUGGCUUAAUGUCAGCAUCAAAUUUUGUUGAUCAGUCAAAGUUUGUUGUUUGAAUGCUUGCUACUUGACCAAUUUAUCUUAUUAUAACAUAAGAUAAUGGAUAAUACUUUAGUUCCACUUAAAUAUUCUGCUUUAGGGGGUAGCUCAUAAGAUAAUGGCUUUUCUUAUAUGAGGCCUCUGUCUCCUGCUUUCCUUUUUCUUUGCUGACUUUAUUUGAAAGCUUUAAAUGCCUGAUUGAAUGCAUUAUUGUCCUGCUGAUCUGAUCCAAUCAUUUUUUUUGAAAAAGAUGGUAACUUUAUUAAUGAAAUAGAGGGUACAUAAGAUGAUGUACACAGAAAUUACAGCUCAAAUGUUAAGUAGGGAGAAAGCUAUCACUAAACAGGAAAUCCCUGUGAACACCAGCUUUUGCUAGACCAUCCACAUCAGAGUUUAGCUCCCUAGGGGUCCAACCCAGCUGUGCAUUUAAGUUUAAUAUGAUCUGAUCCAAUCAUAUUAUGGUACUUGUGUCUACAUGCCUGGUGGGGCUGUAGUGGAUAUAUUUCUUGUGCUUCAACAAGGUUGGUUGGUUUUGAAAACCCACCUCCGUCCAAGACUUGCCUGAAAACUUGUUUCGACUUUUAUGGUCUUUGAAAGAAAGAAGAGGACUAAUAGGGUCUUUCAUGUGCUGUGGGGAAGAGUGUUGUCUCUCUGAAUCUUUGGGUUUUAGCCCCACAAGAGUUCAAAUGAAUCUCCCUGAACCUGAAUGGCAUUGGUAAGAAACCUCAAUACAUUUUUAAAUUCUUGCAUGGCAGAUGGAAGACCAAUUCAUAACCGCACUCCUCCCCAUCUUCUAAUGCUUGAUUUUUUGUCAAGCUUUUUUUUUGUGGAAGCUAGUAAAGCAAUUAUCUUUCUACUCCUAAAGCUGUGAGUAUCCUGUGAAAUCAUUUGGCUUAGAGAAGAAUCUCUUUACAAUAGCAAAUCAUAAUCUAUAAAGUGACUCAGUAAGCACCAUAAGAUGGAGCCAAAUUUCAGUAAGUGGCUCUUGGAGACUGGUUAGUUUUUUGAGUGUGAUUAUAGAAACUAUUGUCUUCCUAUAAGCUAGUACUAAGGAGAUUUCCAGGACUUUGAAUGUAACUGCUGAUGGACUUGCCGGAGCUGGAUUAUAGCCAUCUUUUUUUGGGUCUAGCAUUGUAAUUCUUCUUUUGCGUGCCUUUUGCAACCCUCUUCAUGGUUACCUUUUCUCGAAAAAAUCAAAGUACAUGGUUGGAGGAUUUCAAUCUCCUCCAACAUUCAUAUGGCAAUUGACAAGAUGGCCAGUUUUCUUAGGCUUUGUCAUUAUUAGAAAAGUGAUAUAAGCUUAACAAACUGGCACUGAUAUGAAAUUUAGUCCAAUACAGGUAGAGAAGGUUGUGACAUCAAAUGUAUUAUUGGUGCUUGUGGCAUAGAGAACCAUUGAGCAUUUAAAUGAUUUAAUUCUUUAUCAUAAAUUCUGCUAUGAAUGAUCAAUUUGAGCCCCAAUUUCACUGUGUGGCAGGUGUCCAAGACUCAAAGUAAAACUCAGUUACUCUCUCAUGUAUGUAUAUUGUAUCAUUCCUCAUGUUUAAUGGAACACCUAUCACACAGUAGAUGGUUAGUGAAAGAAGUGCAUGAAAUCUGGACUCUAUCAAUUAUUUACAAAUCUCCAAUCUUUUUUCUUCUAUGUAUAUAUUCUUUGUCAGUACCCAAAAUUAGAUCUAUAUCUAUAUUUAUUCGAGCUCAGCUCAGCAGAAAAAUAUCAGGCUUGAGUUUGGACUUGAGCUCGAUUCGAGCUAGAGACAUGAGCUCAAAUUCGGCCCAACUCAAAAGCUCAUAUGUUUGAGCUUGAUAGUGAGCCAAGCUUCAUAUUAAAAAAUAAAAAUAAAUUAUACAUGUAAAAAAUUCUUUAUUAUUAUAUUAUGUAUAAAAUUAGGAAUACUAUAUUGAAUAUAAGCUCGAUUAGGCUCGCGAGCCUCAUGAGCUGAGCUUCAUUAGGCUCUAGCUUGGCUUGAAACCCGGUUUAACCCAUGCCAAAUAGAGCUUUUCGCAAAUUGAGUUUGAAUAGCUUGUGAAAAGCUUAGUUUUUGUCCACCCCUACCAUUUUUUGAUCAGCAAAUAUCUAUAUUUAUACAUUUAUGAAAAUGUAUAAACUCUCUUAAUACAUUCUUCAUCUUUUUCCAUGCUUAUGAUUUCUCAUACAUAAAUUGCCCUUUCUUUCUUCCCCUCAGCCCCCUCACACAUAUACUCCCCUAAGUCUCUCUCUCUCUCUCUCGCAUUCACACAAAUAUAUUGUCAAUGUAUUCUACUAUUCUAUGAUUCUUGCGUAUUAUUCUCAUCACUGAUUUUAAAAUCUUAGUUUCACGAGUUAAUCUUAUUUUUAUUCUCCACCUUUAUUUAUUUAUUUUGUUCCUUAUUUUUUGUAUGUUGCCUAAUGCUUUGCUUUUUAUUCAUCUCCAAAAAUAUUCUUGAACUACAUCACCAGAAGAGAGCCAAAAUUGGACCUUGCUCACUUACCUUCAUUCAAAGCUAGCAAUGCACGGAUUCUAAGUAGACCCUAAAUGUGGUUACUAUUUAAAUCUAAAUGGAAGACCCUUUAGAAUAAACUUACUGUCAUAGCUAACGUCUUUGUCUGGGUAAAUAUUCAUAAGCAUUUCAAAUUGGUUUCUUCAGUAUCUGCAUUGAGACAUACAUGUCACACACAACAUAGCCAAACUUUGCAUUCUGGUAAUCCUAUUGUCUUCCUAUUAUCAUUUUUAUGAUGGAAGUUUCUGAACUCAAUAAGUGGAAGAGUUUGAAUAAGUGUCUGCUCAAAAAAGGUGGACAAGUUGCAACAGAAACCACCAUAUAUUACUAAAUGUCAUCAGGCCAGAGCAAAAUGAGAUGUGUGGAGCUGGGCUGCUGAAGAUUAUGGUGGAUAUGCAUGCAAAUGAGGUUAUCCUCAGAAACCAAAUAUCUUGGAAUAUGUUUUACUUGGAAUGACUAUUAAGUAUUAACAUGACCAUAACUUGUUAUGUAUGCAAAUGAUUGGUUGGAAAAAGUUUAAAUGUUUUGGUUUUCAUUAUUGUAUCCAUAUUUUCGAAUUUAGCUGAAAAUGAUCAUUAUCUUGUAGAGCUGAUGGCGUAAGAGUCAUAGUGCUGCCAUGUUCAUUUUUAAGCUGGAUAAGUGUCGAGAUGACAUAUGAUGCACUCACUAUUAUACUUUGAACUUUGGAUAUGAUGGAACAGUUGAUAAUGCUGUAAAUUUCACAUCUGAAACUUGUAUUGAUAUAAAUUUAAGUUGACAUGUACAUAGUUAAUUUCUGUAGUUACUAAUUAGAAAAUAUAUUUCCAUUGAUAUAUUUGAUAAUAUGCUUGUAUACUUAGGCAUAUAACACAUUUAAUAAUGAGAAAGGGGCAUAAUCAUGCUUAUAACUACUCUGCAAGCCUGACAAAUAUCAUCAUCCUUAUCUUGUUGAGCUUUAGAGCAAUUUUCUCUGUUUGGAAAAUAUUAUGUUUCAUAUUUCCAAAGAAAAGGGGAAGAAUAAUGUGGCGUUGUGUGAGAGCUGCUGUUGUUUGGACUAUCUGGAAGAAAGGAGUUCUAGAAUAUUUUCAGGGAAGGAGAGGAACAAGGAAACCAUUCAGGAGGUGAUUUGCUCCAGGGUAUUCCAUUGGCUUAAAUCAGUGGAUCUCUUCAACAAUGUCUCAGUAGAUGAUUUGUCAAGAAAAUGGAAAGAAAUUGCCUUUUCAGCCCCAGUGCAAGAGGUAUCAGUUCCAGCUUGGUCCCCUCCUCCAAGUGGAUUUUACAAAAUGGAUUUUGAUGGAAGCAGCAUUGGCAACCCAGGGCCUUUGGGUAUUGGGGAUGUGUUAAGGGAUGGGAAAGGGAAAAUAAAUGCUUUGUUAUCAGGCCCAAUUGAAGAGGGUGACUCUCUCAGAGCUGAGAUUUUGGCAGCUUUAGAAGGUGUUCAAAGAGCCAAGGACUUAAACUUGAGGAAGCUGAUCAUGGAAGAAGAUUCUAAGGUGGUGGUAGAUUGGCUGAAGGGAGACAAAACCGACCUGUGGAUGUACAGCAAUGAGAAGAAGAAAAUUCAAAUGACUGACAAAAGACAUGGAAGUUAAAGUAGCUUGGGUUAAGAGAUGUGCAAACUCCUUUGCUGAUGGGUUAGCAAAGCAAGGGGUACAUAGGGAGAACUUGUUUUGGGUUCAAUUGUAAUUUUUCUGCAAUGUUUCUUGUUUGGGGGAGAUAAGAGAGGUUCUCUCCCAUUUGUAUUCCUUUUUUCUAAUUAAUGAAAUCCCUUGUUAUUGAUAAAAAAAGGAUAUUAUGUUUCA